CUCGAGUUCUGUUACCUUUACACGAAUCAACAUAAAAAUAAAAAGAUUAAAAUUAAGACAAAUAUUAAAAGAAAAGGAGAGAGAGAGGAGUAAAACGGAAGUUUGUUGAUACUGGUUGAAAUCAUUCACCUUGUUUAAAACUCUCGAAAAGGAAACGAACCCUAAUUUUUAUUUGCGUUGUUUUUUUCUCAUAUUUUGUUGGCUAAUUAGCUCAAGAAAGGUACUCUAAAACCAUGGCUAAGAGCUCCUUCAAGUUGGAACAUCCUCUGGAAAGGAGGCAGGCAGAAUCAGCUCGUAUUAGGGAGAAAUAUCCAGAUAGAAUACCGGUUAUUGUGGAGAGGGCUGAAAGAAGCGACAUACCUGACAUUGACAAAAAGAAGUAUCUGGUUCCUGCUGAUCUGACUGUUGGCCAAUUUGUUUAUGUGGUUCGGAAGAGAAUUAAGCUCAGUGCUGAGAAGGCUAUAUUCAUCUUUGUCAAGAAUAUUUUGCCACCCACUGCUGCUAUGAUGUCUGCAAUUUAUGAGGAAAACAAAGAUGAGGAUGGCUUCCUUUAUAUGACCUAUAGUGGCGAGAACACAUUUGGAGAAUCAUUCUAAGUGUACCCAAGCCUCAAUCUGAAAUUAUGUAAUUAAGACAACGAACAAAUGUAAAUUCUCAUCUUUAUGUUCUUACUAAUUAACUAUGGGCAAGUAUGGCCAUGGAUUAAGCACAUUAACUAGUAUUAUUAUAAUUUUAUAGGGUGGUUAGGUUUUGCAUGGA